CAUAAGACUGCAAGUCACUUGACAGUCCUCCCUCUAAACUUCAUGUGUUUCAUUAAGAAAUAAGGGAUGAUUCAAUAAGCCUCUUCUUUAUUGAGUAGUUACAGAAUCACUGUAUAAAGGCCCUCUAUACACGGCAAAGCAGUACUGUAGAUACCAGCAAUAUAUUUGUGUAUCUUCCUUGCAAUACACACUAUUUAACUGAAUACUCAAAUAGUUUGUUUCUAUUUGAGUGUUUAUGCAGACUCCAGUGCAAACCUUACAAUCAGCCGUGGCGGAGGAGUGACUUCAGUCUUAUCACUGGGUGGAUAAUGUCCUAAUUGAAUCAGAUGUGUUGGGGUGGGGAGAUGUUUGGAGAUAUUUAAGGUAGUAUCAAGGAAAAACGAGAGGCUAUCUUCAGAUCUGUGCAGACGAUGCAUGAAGAGAGGGAAGACUAAAAGCACUGGCAUAAUACCAUAAGGUUGUACCGACGCAUCCCCAGAAAGGACGAUAUCAACACAUUUUACUGGAUAAGAGAAGGUUGCAACAAGUAAUUGUGUUUUAGAUGAUCAUUUAUCUAGACUAACUAGAUAACGAGAAGACAGAAAGGUCGUGAGGAGCUGGGAAAGCAGUCAAAUCAAAGGGAAAACGGGAUAUUGUCUGUUUGGAGAGAGACAAAAAAACAAGUGAUGUCGCAGCUUCUAUGCCAUCUGCUUUUACUGUGUCUGGUACCAUCUGUGGUUCCUCUGUUUUGCUUCACCUGUGUCUUCCCUGCCAUUUCCCCACUGGACUGUAUCAAGUUCCCUCAGAAGUGUCCUCCAGGUCAGCAAUGUCUGUCCAGCAAAGCUGUGGGGAAGCGCGGAGAGUUCAGUGUGACACUGUAUGAGAAGAGCUGUGUCCUCUCCGCCCUGUGUGGCCUGACUGGUGAGAAGUACGCCAUGGGCCUCAACUUCACCUUUACCAAUGACUGCUGUUCCACCCACCUGUGUAAUGGAGCUGCAGCCCCCUCUGCCCUCUACUGGACUGGCUCUGCUCUCUCUCUCCUCUCAUUCACUCUCUCACUGUGAUUUACCCACCUUUAAAGAUAACGCUACUGUUGCUAAAUUCAUAAGAAAAACAUGACCACAUUCAGAUGCCUAGCAUUGGUCGAAACCUUUCAGAUAUAAAUCUGAUGAACAGA